AUGUUGCGUCAAUCAGUCAACAAGUGCAAUUCAAUCGCAAGAUUAGCACUUUCAAGAACCUACAACACAAAACCGCCUUGUGGCUUAUGUCCUGAAGAUAAAGACACAAAGAAUGAAAAAGCCGAAGAUUACGAUGAAAAAUCUACUGACACGAAUAAUAAUCAAAUGUGUAAGGAGCACUGUGAAAUGAUGCCAGACGCAAAAGAUCUAGUCAACAUGAAGAGCUUUGAAUUGAAAUCAAAUUGCAAGUCGUUCCAUUGGUGCUCUGAAGGACAUGAUCGAUAA